AAUUGUCUAGUUCCCACACAGCUGGUACGUGUUUCUUCUAAUUAAUUGCCAAUUUGAACAACUGUUGUAGAAUCAUUCUAUGAUAUUUGUAACACUUAACCAACAUACUGGUAUCUGAAUCAUUUCUUAGCAUCGGUGCAAAAGGAAACCCGUAUCAAAUCACAGUUUUAUUUUGAUAGACCAUCCUACGAAAGAUCCUCUUUCACCAUGUUGAGAGGGAAAUGCAGCAUAGUGCUGCUGUCGUUGACAUUGAUUCUGCCGUCUGUGCUUUGUCUUCCGGUCGUGACGCAGAAGCCGAAGGCUCCAGAAAAAGAAGAAAAGCCGGAGGAUAGUAAUGUUGAACGAAUGGAGAACAUUAUUGAGUACAAUAAGUAUCUACAGGAGGUUGUGAAUGUGCUCGAAAGCGACCCAACUUUUGCGGAGAAGCUUCAAAAGGCAGACGAGGCUGAUAUACGGUCCGGCAAAAUUGCGCAAGAGCUCGAAUAUGUGGGUCAUCACGUUCGAUCGCGUCUUGACGAGCUGAAGCGGAUGGAGUUGAAUCGGCUGAGGGAAUUGGCAACGAAGCAGUUUGAACUGACGAACGAAAUCGAUCGCGAUCACUUGAAGAUCAGCGAGCACCUGGAUCAUUCGAACCCGCAUACGUUUGAGAUCGACGAUCUAAAGAAACUCAUCCAUAAAACGUCCCAGGAUCUGAUGGAGAACGACCGACGCAGGCGGGAGGAAUUCAAGCAGUACGAGCUGCAGAAAGAGUUCGAAAAGCAGGAAAAGCUACGCUCCCUCGACGAGGAACACCGGAAGGCGUACGAGCAGGAGCUGAAGCAGCAGCAAGAAAAGCACGACAAGCACGAAAAGAUCCACCAUCCGGGCAACAAGGCACAGUUGGAAGAGGUCUGGGAGAAGCAGGAUCACAUGGACGGACAGGACUUUGAUCCGAGAACGUUCUUCAUGCUGCAUGAUCUCGACGGCAAUAAUAUGUGGGACGAGAACGAGGUGAAAGUGUUGUUCAUUAACGAACUGAACAAGAUGUAUCAGGCCGGUGCGCCCGAGGACGACAUGAAGGAGCGCGCGGAAGAGAUGGAACGGAUGCGCGAGCACGUGUUCCAGGAGGCGGACACGAAUAAGGACGGGCUGAUAAGCUUCGAGGAGUUCAUCGAACAGACUAAGCGUGACGAAUUCCAGAAGGAUCCGGAAUGGGAUACGGUCGAUCAUCAGCAGCAAUAUACCCACGAGGAGUACCAAGAGUUUGAACGGCGCCGUCAGGAAGAAAUUCAGCGUUUGAUUGCGGAAGGCAAGCUGCCACCGCAUCCCAAUAUGCCGAACGGUUACCACCCAGAUCCGAACGGUCAAUAUCAGGUGCAUCCCAAUGCCAUUCCACAACAACACUAUCAGCAACAACAACCUCCGCAUUACCAACAACAGCAGCAGCAACAACAACAGCAUUACCAACAGCAACAGCAGCAGCAGCAACAAUUGCACCAACAGGGACCUCCACCACCCGGCUACAAUCAUGGCCAGCAAAUAAACGUGCAUCCAAAUCAAGCCUACGAUAAUGUCGUGCCGCAUAAAAUUAACCCAAACCCUACUUACACUGGUCAGCAGUCGACGGUAUACACUGGCCAACAGCCAUCUCCGCCGCAAUACCAAGGACAACCGUCGCCUCCCGCUCAACAACAGCAAAAUUAUCCCCAACACCAGCAGCAGCAGCAACAGCAGCAACAGCAGCAACAGCAGCAGCAAUAUCAAACUAAUGAAAUUCCACAAAAUCCUCAAGGCCAGCAGCAGGUUAAAAAUAAUGUACAACCUAAUCAACAACCUCCCCAACAACAACAACAGGUACCACAAAUGAACGUACAGCAAUCGCAACAGCAGCAUCAGAAACUACAGCAGCAGCAAAACCAGCAGCCUCCGCAACCGGCCACUAGAAAUGUGGCACCGCCACCAGCACAACAGCAAGCACCUGCCGCUGCUGCUCCAGCCCAACCCUCUGUGGUGCAACACUAGAGAGAGGUGGAUACAUUGAAAGCCAAAUUGACGGAAAAAUUCAGAACAACAUAACAUGUUACAAUAUCAAACGCCAACCAUUUUAUCUCCUUUUGCGUUGGUAUGGUACACGGCCGUGCUACGUAUAUUUGUGGUACGCGUACGUUCUUCACAUAUAGAUAGCGUUGCAGGUUCCCAAUUAUAAUAUCCAAACAUAACUUUCCCUUCGACUUGCGGCCGCACUUGGUGGCUGUUGAAACGUUGUGACACUCAAACAGUACUUCUAUUGACAACCUAACAUACCAUUAUAACAAAAAACUUGAAUAAUACUUUGUGAUGAAAUUACUGUAGUAUAGAAAUCAAUUGUGUAAAGUUGUUUUUAAAGUUUUUUUUUCAAAUAAACGAAUGAUCAAUAAAGUUGUAUUCUUGAUACAAG